AUGGAUCGCCAGGUCUCUUACAACGGCCCUUUGCUUUGCUCUCCUUUGCCCUGUAAUCUCCCUGCUUCACGUCCCUCAAGCCUCAUGAACCAUCCACUACCCCUAAAACCUCCUACUUCCAAGUACUUUUCCCAUCCAUAUACUACUUCCCGCAAUCCUGCAACCCCAGUCUGCACUACGGCAACACAGCACGUUGUCUAUGGCAAAUAUCUUCCUGUGAAUAACGAGCCCAAAAUCUCUUCGGUCCAUCACGCAACCGCACCAUCACUUGAGGCGCUUAGCAGUCCCAAGACAGAGAACGUCAUCCUACUGUCCAGUGAAGAUACGUUCCCAGCACUCGAAAGCGACUGUGACGAGACAGGCAGCAUCAACACUGACGAGUUGCCCCAUCCGGAUACAUUAUUCUCUUGGGUGUGGAACAACCACGGUGCUGGGAUUCGUGAGGCUUCGGUGGCCACUCGAAGUGUGGAUGACAGGUCGUGUCAUGACGAAACAAGUUCAUCCACUUCCGAAGUUUGUGAGAUAAGCCUGUCCUGCGAAAGUCGCCCUAGUGAUGCUGAUGAUAGCGGCAAUGAUGAUAACGGUCCUACGAAGCUUAUCUCUAAUGAAAGACAGGGUGGCUUGACAGAUACUCUAGGACCAAAGAUCCUUUUCGCUUCCUUGGUUAAAGGAUCACGACCUACUCUCCUUGAAUGCAGAGGCCUCAAGCAUAAGCCUGCGUGCACCAUGUUGGGGUACACUGAAGGUACUGCAGCCAGCGGCCCUCGAACAAGGGCAGGGGCUAGAGCAAAAGCAUCCCGUUCAUUCUCUAGUUGCCGUCGGGUCCGGCCUUAUUCAGAUAAAUUAGUGCACAGAAACCUUCCCUGGGAACAGAUUGAGGAGGAAUUCGGUCGGAGUUUUGCUGGAAGGGAUUGGAAAUCACUUCAAGGGCGUUGGUCGAGAAAUCUGAAGUUUGUAACCCGAUCAGCGAAGUGCUUGACAAAACUCAGAGGGGCGAGGGAUGGAGCGCGCCGACGGAUGUGUCGAACUCCUAGCCAGUGA